UUCUGGCCCGCCCCCUGCAUUUCCGGCCAGAAGUUGGGAGGCUCUACAUGGCGCUGCUAAGCCGUGUCCUCUUUGUUUGGGGCCGCGGUCCUCGGCGGUUUUUUAGGUAUGGAACAAAAAUAUUAUAUCAAAACAAUGAAGGUUUUCAGUCUAAAUUCUUUCCACCCUUUCAAAAAGUGAUGCUACCACCAAAUAGUUUUCAAGGAAAAGUAGCAUUCAUUACUGGGGGAGGUACUGGCCUUGGUAAAGGAAUGACAACUCAUCUGUCCAGCCUAGGUGCACAGUGUGUGAUAGCCAGCCGAAAAAUUGAUGUUCUGAAAGCAACUGCAGAACAAAUUUCUUCUCAAACUGGAAAUAAGGUUCAUGCAAUUCAGUGUGAUGUGAGGGAUCCUGGUAUGGUGCAAAGCACUGUGUCAGAACUGAUCAAAGUCGCAGGACAUCCUGAUAUUGUGAUAAACAAUGCAGCAGGGAAUUUUAUUUCUCCCACUGAAAGACUGUCUCCUAAUGCUUGGAAGACCAUAACUGACAUAGUUCUAAAUGGCACAGCCUUUGUGACACUAGAAAUUGGAAAGCAACUAAUCAAAGCACAGAAAGGAGCAUCGUUUCUUGCUAUUACAACCAUCUAUGCUGAGACUGGGUCAGGUUUUGUAGUACCAAGUGCUUCUGCCAAAGCAGGAGUGGAGGCCAUGAACAAGUCUCUUGCAGCUGAAUGGGGUAAAUAUGGAAUGAGAUUCAACGUGAUUCAACCGGGGCCUAUAAAAACCAAAGGUGCCUUUAGCCGUCUUGACCCAACUGGAGCUUUUGAAAAAGAAGUGAUUGACAGAAUUCCCUGUGGUCGGCUAGGAACUGUGGAAGAACUUGCAAAUCUUGCUGCUUUCCUUUGUAGUGAUUAUGCUUCUUGGAUUAAUGGAGCUGUAAUUCGAUUUGAUGGUGGUGAGGAAGUACUUAUUUCAGGGGAAUUCAACAGUCUGAGGAAGGUCACCAGGGAGCAGUGGGACACAAUAGAAGGACUCAUCAGGAAGACGAAAGGCUCCUAAGACUACUCUGGCCUUCAUCUUGGUUAUAAUGGAAAUUAUACAAACUGUCUAUAACCUGUUGAAUAUUUUCAAGUCUAAUAAAUUGCUACUUAGCAAACA